AUGGAUAAUGAAGCCAUACUUAGUGCUACUAAGGCGGUCAUUGCGGUUGUCUUAAAAGAGUCUGGAUUUUCACAUGUUGAAGCCCCAGCUCUUGCCCUACUUAGUGACACACUUAUCAAUUACACUGUUUAUUUGAGUUAUAAGCUAAAGAGACAAGCUGAAGAUGCCCAUCGUAACUCACCUGCCCUUGUAGAUGCCGUGCCACUACUGCAAUGGGUCAAAGACAUACCCGAGACACAAGAAUCUUUAGUACUAGCCCAAGAGCCUGAAACAGACCCUAUACCGGUCUAUACUAGUGAAAUAUGCACGUACGCUGAGUAUCCAGCCAAUUACUACGAUUUCUUACCACGUUUCCCACCAGCACAUACGUUUAAGAACACGCCCAUUAAGAGACGAGUCUCAGACGAUCGGGCUCUUAAGGCCCGGUUACGGAAUGAGCAGAUCACUAAAGUCGUUGAGAAUCUCUUUGGUAUUAUGCAUAAGAAAAACCAGCCCAUCAAAAGAGCCAACUAUCUUGCUCCUACACCGCCCUAA